AUUUGUGAUUUUAGCACGGCGCUGCGAGGUCCACGUCGCUCUUUCGCUCCGUGCCCGCCAGACAGCUCCAAUUCGAAAACGACGUAAACUCAAAACAGCCAGCCGUUCGCCAGGCGCGCGUAAUUCAAAGUUAUCAAACUCGAAACAGUGAUUUUCGGGAUCGUAUGAGAGUGCAUGUGAAACAUACAUAUAAACGUGAAAAUAUAAUAUUCGAAAUAGUGCACUUUUGGGGAACAUAAACGAUAUCGAUAUCAGCCAUGUCGUCCAAGUUCUGUGAUGCCGCUCUGGGCCGCUCCUACGCCUGCUCGUCCCGCUUCCCUUUGGGACACCUGCUGGCCGCCCUCUGAUCCGCCCAGGACCACGCCCGCACGCCCAGUGACUGACUGACAGGGAUCGUACCGCCCUGAACAUAAACUCCAACGCGUUACCUUUUUUUUCGUUUUCCAUCUAUUUGGAUAUAAACGUUGUGAAACUGAGAACGGCCCAGCCGAAAAUGUGCACUGAGGUAAAUUCCGCGAUGGGUCUUCAAGCAACAGCCGCCACCAAGCGGAAGCAUGAGCUGACCUUCGACAGCAAGGAUGCCAACACCACCUACACGGGCAACUGUGCCCCGCCCCCCGUCAAGGCCAACAAGUGGGCCAUCAGCAACAACAACUACCUGGAAUCGCUCGAGCAGCAGCAGCAGCAACAGCAGCAAUCGGAGCCUGCUGUCGAGUCCAACAACAACCACAUUGUGUUGGAGGCAUCCAUGGAUGCGAUGAAGCCAACGGAGCCAAGUAUUAGCAAUGGUCAUGAAGUUACUACCGCCGUCGCCACGCUGAAGAGUCAAGCGGAGGUGCCACUGCCGCCGACGGCGAGUGCGGCGAUACCGGAGGACAGUAUCGCCAGGCUGGAGGUGGUCACCUCGGCCGUUCCUUGUGAGCCCUGGACAACAGCAGCGGGCAACGGGUCGUCGACUCCCUCGGCGGUCUCCGUUUCGAAUGGAUCCAGCGCCGAGCCCGUGGACUGCAUCUCCAAGCUGCAAGCCGUGGCGGUGCCCAGUGACCCAUGGGGCAGCAUCGCCACCCGCUCCACGCUGGCCACCACUCUGCUCAGCGCCGAUGAGCUGGACGACGAUGAUGAUGACUUUGAGGACGACUACGAGGAGGAGGAGAGCAUCAUACCCACCUACUGUCCCAUGCGUUUUCAUCCCUUUGUGCCGCACCCGCAUCCGCACCAGCUGGCGCCGCAUCCCCACCAGCAGCAGCAGCAGCAACAGCAGCAGCAACUCACCCAGCAGCAACCACAUCCCCAGCAGCAGCAGCAGCAACUAGCCCAGCAACAGCAGCAGCAUCCGCAGCAACAGAGGAGUUAUGCUCCCGGUUAUGGCAGCAGACAGCCCAACUACUACUCGGAGCCAUUCCCGCAGCAGAAUUGCUCACGAACUGGAGGACCGCAACACAUGACGCAAUCCCCGCCCACGCCUCAGCAGGCGCGUGGUUUUGCCCCACCCCAAUGGGCGACGGCGGGAGGCAGUCCGACCAAUCCAUCGGUGGGUGGAGCCCAGCAGUUCUACGAGGCCACCAACGGCGGAGCCUAUGCCCCGCCGGCGGCGCCACAGCAGACGAUCCGUUGUGCGGAGAAUGGCAAAUCCUAUCUGGAUCUGGGCUGCAGCAGCGGUGCAUCCGGCAACGCUGGAGGAUCGCCCAUCAGUCCGCCACCCUCCUCGGCGCCCGUCGUUCCAUUCGCCGGCCUGCCCCUCCAUGGCCUGCCCCUCAAGCGCUGCUGUGAUGGACGCCCCGGUGGCUGGUGCAGUGCCAACAGGAGCUGCUACAAAGACACGCGGCUGAAGAUACGCAAUCUGUCCAUGUUCAAGCUCUCCCGUUUCCGCCAGGUGUCCGAGCAGUCGCUCUACCGCUCGGUGCUCAUUUGCAACACCCUGAAGCGCAUCGAUCGCGAGAUCGAGGCGGAGGCCAAGGAGCUGCACCAGGCGGCGCAGCAGCAUCACCAGCAGGCGGCAGCGGCGGCGGCGGCACAAGCGGCGCAAUACCACCCAGCCUACCAGCAGCAGCAGCAACAACAGCAACAAUCCCCGCCAGCACCACUGCAUCCUCAUCCCCAGCAGCAGAUGGAUUAUGCACCCGUGUUGAACUGUGCCCGAUUGGCCAACAUGGAUCACUACCAGCAAUUGAGUUUCCAGCCCCAGCAGCAGCAGCAACAGCCACAACAGCCUCCCCAGCCACAUGGCUACCAUGAGCGUCUGGAGCCCGCCUACAGGGGCGUGGCAGCGGGAGCGGGAGUGGGAGUGGGAGUGGGAGGCUUUACCACGCAGCCCAGCAACUGUGAUACAUCAGCGGGUGGUGCAAGUAGCAAUACCAGCGGCGUCAGCAGCAACAACUCCUCAGCGACAACGGCGAGCGGCAGCAGUAGUUUGCAUCCCUACGAUCACUAUCCCUUUCGGGAGUCGCAGUCGGGUCGAGCCACGCCCUUUCCCGCCUGCCCCACCACCACAGCAGCAGCGGCAGCGGCCAGCGCAGGAGCCACACCAACCCUGAGCAACAACAGCCACAGUAGUAACAUCAGCAGUUCCCCCGCCACCAGCAGCAGCAGCAUUAGCAUCAGCAACACCAGUUCCUCAACGGCGAUGAGCAGCAGUAGUGGGAAUACAGCGAGCAGCAGUGUUGUCAGCAGCACGCCAGUUGCCCCUGCCGCAAGUAGCAACAACUGCGAUACCAGCGAUUCCGGCUAUGCGGACGACGACUCCACGCGUUCGAUCAACUGGAGUUCGGUGCUCAGCCUGAGUUCACAAUCGGCGCUGGAUCCGCUGAACAACAACGAUCUGUUUAGCAUACUCCCGGCGGCGGCCACGCCCACAGCAGUUCCGGUUUCAGUGCCAGCGGCCAGCAGUUCCAGUUCGUCCUCCGGCUCCACAUUGGCCUUCAGUGGCAGCUUCACCACUGUUCAGGCAAGCAGCGGGAGUAGCAGCAGUUCCUGUGGCAGCAGCAGCAGCAGCUCCUCCUCCACCACCGCCACCUUUACCACUCUGUCCACCAUCUCCUCGGCCACCCACUCGCUGACCUCGUCGUAUGUGAGCAGCAUUAGCUCGAAUGUGUCGGCGGGGGCCAAUACCUGGGAGUACGGAUUCCUGGACAUGGAGUUCGGGCUGGGCUCGGAGUUCACCGAGCUGGUGCCCAGCUGCAAGCUCAGCUCCGAGGAUCUGUUCAAGAGCGGGCUGGGCGGCCAGGUGGUGGCCGCCUCCCGCCUGCACGACAACGAGCUGGAGCAGCCGGCCCACAUCAUGGUCGGCAGUUAGUAUCAGUUGUAGACGAUGAAGACGACGACGGCGGAUGAGCGGAUGGCGGCGUGCUGGUCGCGUCGCCUGCUGGCGCCCACUAGCAAUUCCAAGCAGUAUUGAAUCGACGAAACGAGGGAGGGGAGAUCUAAAGGGGAAUCUUAUUUGCUAAUUAUGCUCAGGUUGUGAACGUGCAUGAAUAUAUAUUAUGAAAUAUAUAUAUACCCUUACCCCACUUUGGUCCUGUUUCCCCUCGCUCCCUUUCUUCACACAAGCAAUCGAGGACACACAAAUUAAUUGCAAUCUAUAAAAGAAAUUCGUAACUAAGUGAGAGAUCGAAGUUAAGGCAGAACAAUGAUUAUGACAAAUGAGCAAGCAAAACUAUUAGCAAAUUUUUGUAAGUGUAAAUAUUGUUAGUCUUAAGGCAGAGCAGCGAACACCCUAGCCAAGUAAGUUUGAAACGGAAGCAAAACAAAAAUUCUAUAUUAGCGUAACUUUAGCUUUGUUAGUUGCAAUUGUUGCAGUUUUUCGAUUUAACACCACACAUGAACAACAACAACAAAAACCGCGUCUUAACGAACAACAAAAUGCCGUUGGACAUUUUUCAAAAAUAUAACUCAAACACCAGAUCAAUUAACAAAAUUUACGUUUUGGCCUAUAGACGAUGCAGCAUUCGGCAGCAAGACAAAAUUGAUGAGAAAUCGAAAAACGUUUACUAUAUUACUAGCCAUAAGUAUUAUUAUUUAUAUACAAAAACCGCAGAAAACAGCAAACAAACAAAAGAACAACUUAAAACAAAGUUUUAUAAAAGAAAAAACAAAGAAAAAAACACAAAAAGAACAAAAAAAAAUUAAAAAU